CUCCUGGAUCCUGGGUGUGUGCAGUCAGUUGAGCUCAGAGACUGACAGAGAAAACACCAGGAACAUCUCAACGUGAGUCCAGCUGUGCCUGUCAUCUGUCACCGUGUUCGUUAGUCCUUCUCCAGCGGACGGACUGAGAAUGGGAAACUACCCGAGCUAGUUUCUGAAGAGGACACGAAUCCAAGAGGGGGGAACUGUGCUAAAAAAACUACCAGGUUGAGCCUUCAGUCGCACCAUUUCCCUCCAGAGAAGGAACAGGAGCACGGUGGAGAUGCAGACGUUCCUGAAAGGCCGGAGAGUCGGCUACUGGCUCAGCGAGAAGAAGAUGAAGAAGCUGAAUUUCCAGGCCUUCGCUGAUUUGUGCAGGAAAAGAGGGAUCGAAGUUGUUCAGCUGGACCUCAGCCAACCUUUGGAGGACCAGGGUCCCCUGGACGUCAUCAUCCACAAACUGACUGACCUCAUCCUGGAGGCUGACCAGAAUGAUUCACAGGCUGUGCUGCUGGUGCAGAGAGUACAGGACUACAUCGAUGCUCACCCCGAGACCAUUGUCCUGGACCCACUUCCAGCCAUCCGGACUCUGCUGGACCGCUGCAAGUCCUACCAGCUCAUCCACAGAAUAGAAAGCUGUAUGCAAGAUGACAGGAUUUGCUCUCCUCCGUUCAUGGUCUUGAACACGGAGUGCAGCCCGGAUGUGCUGGAGCAGAUCAAGAGGCAAGGACUCACAUUCCCCUUCAUUUGCAAAACACGGGUGGCUCAUGGCACCAACUCCCACGAGAUGGCCAUUAUCUUCAGCGAAGAGGACCUGAAGGACGUGAAGCCUCCGUGCGUGAUCCAGAGCUUCAUCAACCACAACGCAGUGCUCUACAAGGUGUUUGUGGUGGGGGACUCGUACACCGUGGUGGAGAGACCUUCGCUGAAGAACUUCCCUGCUGGACCAGCAGACAGGACAGCCAUUUUCUUCAACAGCCACAACGUUUCCAAACCGGAGUCGUCCUCGGACUUGACCUCGAGAGAGAACGUGGAGGGAGUGUCUCAGCCGCCCAGCGACGACGUCAUCAGAGAGCUGUCCAGGUCACUGCGACAGGCGCUGGGCGUGUCCCUGUUCGGCAUCGACGUCAUCAUCAACAACCAAACGGGCCAACACGCCGUCAUCGACAUCAAUGCAUUCCCUGGUUACGAGGGUGUCCCGGAGUUUUUCAACGACCUCCUGAACCACAUCAGCAGCGUGCUCCAGAGCCACAACCCUGACUUUGCCCCCGCCGGCGAGCAGCCCAAAGGCCUGCCGGCGAGCACCACGGUACCGAACGCUGGCCCGCCGGGCCCCCCGGGCUGCUGCAGCAUGCUGGGAAAAGAGUUGCAGAGACUCGGCUGCAACUCGACAAUGUCCCCCAACUUCCAGCAGCACUGUGUCUCCACGAUAGCCACCAAGGCGUCCUCCCAGUGACUGAGCCCUCCCCCUCUUUACUCCGUUUGACCCCUGAACAAAACAAACAAACAAAAAAAAAAAGAAACGGAUGGUGACAAUAAUAAUAAAUAAUAAUCAUAGUAAUUAUGAUGUUAAUGAUGAUAAUAUAUCUAAUCAAAAAACAAGCCUUUUCCUAUAUAGAUAUUGAAAAUAAUGGUGAUUGGGUGUAAGCUUUUUUUUUUUUUUCUCUCUCUGCCUUUUGUAUUUUUCGUUUCGUCUAAUGAGACUUAACAGUACUGUAAUGUGAACUUUUGGGAACUUUUGCCUAAUAGCUGAUUUUAUUUUUUUUCUCUCUUGUGUGAGGUCUCUGUAACGAAAGGGUCCAGAUGUGGUAGCUAAUAAGAAAGGCCUGAUCGGGACUGGUGAAAAACGUGCCACUAGACGUGCAAUGCAGGAUCCCUCGUGUCUCACACACACACACACACAAACACACACACAAACACACACACGUAUGCACACCGGCACAUUUACGCUGCGACGAACGGUGCCGGUGAUGAUGUGUGUUUGUGCUUCUGGUCAAUACCACUGACUCCUCUGUACAAAGUCACGGGGAGAGGAGGUGGCUGGGCAUUCGAACACUACUCCGCAGAUCCCAGGCCGCUGCGUGACUGUGGCCAACCGACGGCAGAGGACAUGGUGAGGUAGUUUUGUUAGUUUGAACAAAAACAGGUGAGCCGUUUAUUUUUCUGAGUGCCAUCAAAUUUUAGUGUAGAAGGAAGGACGCCUGCAGGAAGGAAAAAAAAAAACAAUAUUUUCAAAGGUUAAAAAGAAGAAAAGUGAAUCUCCAUGACCAUGUGACCAAGUUGUUUUUUUUUUGUUUUUUAUGAUUAUUAUUAUUCUUAAUAAUGAUUGUUGUUGCACCAAUGUGUACAGGUCUUUGAGUGAUGUUCUGUGUGUGUCAGAUGCCGGAUGUUUUGGUGUUCAACAAACAAACCACGUCCUUUGAGUCCCAGUUUGAGUCGCUCCAGCGCAGGAAGACGAGGAUCACAUUCCCUUUUUGUGUUUGUGGAUGUUUUCAGAGAAAUUCCAUGAUUUUUCAGAAUUCCAGCGGGAUCUUGUGAGAUUUCUCACAUCCCUUCAUGGGUUUGUAGUCUCCUUAAACAGACUCUCCAUGUGUCUUGUACCUGUAAUGUGAGCAAAACAAAAAAAAACUCCUGAGGCGAAACUUGACCGAUCGACAGACUUGCUGUGUAGCUUUUCAUCAAUUAGGGAAUCAAUUAUACCAGUAAAAUUAAAUAGUGUGCGUGCAUACCCGCUUAAAUCGGGUAUGUUGCAAUCAUCAAACGACAACAGAUAAUUCGUUUAGCUUUAUGGUCUCACAGCACUUAACCUGUAACCAACAGUCCAAGUCGGUUCAUUUGCUUCGAGCUUCUGAUCUGUCUUCUGUUCCAGCUGCUGUAUUUGUGUCACAUGUUGAGGAAUCAAUCAGAGGGGAAGUGGUGGUGGGAGGAGGAGGUCCAGCUGUUGUUCACAGUGUUCACUGUGAGGAUUUUUUUACUCCAAUUUUGUUAAUAUCUUUGUCCUGACAUCUACUAAGAGCAACUUUAUUUUAUUGAGAUUUUAUGGGGAAAAUGUUUUAUAUAAAAGAAAUGAGAGCAGUGAUGUUUUUGAACAACGAGCGGAUAUUUACUAGAGGGAUAGUAAAAUGCUGGGUCUGGCUGUGCAGGUGGUGUCAAAGGAUGGGGGGGACAACACAUGAGCUUGUGGUGGAUGCCGCCGUCGUCUCCCUUCUAGCAUCUAGCGGGGAAUGAGUGCCGGCCUGCGGUGCAUACAGAUUAUUGCAUUCCUGUGAGCCUUCUCUUGUCCCAGAGAGCUUCGCCUUGCUGUUGUUGUUUUUUUAUUAUUAUUUUUAUUUCCUCCAUCCAAGGGAACCGACUGUCCUCUUGCUUGCCCCCCUGUGAUCGUAAAUAAUCCCUGCAGCCAUCUCACCAGCAUCUCUCUGGGACAAGAGAACAGCAGCUCCACUCUGGAACAGGGUUUUCACUGGACGUCACAUUGUGAGAAUAUUCGUACGACGCAGUUUUAAGUAUCCUUCCCACAAUUUGAAAGUGUAGUGAAGCAACAAUGAUUAAUAACAAGUAUCACAGCAGGGUUGAGGUGGCGCUCCUUUACCUCGGAGAUAGGGGGGCAAAGUAGAAGGUUCGGGUCGGAAAGGCUGAUCUCUGUGUACGCCACUAUAGUGUGUCCUAUCUCGUGUUCCUUAUUGUGCUUCUAAAUGGGAAAUAAAUGGUUAAUCUUACCCUUUGUCAUUUCUGCAACCCAGACGGUGUCAUCAUGCUCCCAGCUCCCACCUGAAUGUUUACUUCUUGGGUGUCUUGUACAGUACGUGUAUACGCGCCUAGGCUUACAUCCGUACAGUAUGUUGUUUUGUAUCAGUUCUGUAAUUGAGAAGAAUCCACAAUUUUGUGACCUUUUUUUAAUUAAAGGGCCAAUUCAACAGGGCGAAAUAAACAUGUGAAACCUC